AUGGAUUUGAAACCUUCAAAACAGAGCGGAAAAUCGUCUCAUGUUCGUCAACGACGACAACGUAUGAUACACAGCUGCCUUUUCCUAUGGGUAGACGGCAGCAUAGAACAAAUAAACGAAGAUUAUGAAAAUACAUUAAAACAAAUACGAACUGUUACUGGUGAUGUCAAUGUUUUUACAGAACGAGAUGCAUGCAUCGACUUUCUUACAGAUGCUCAAGAAGACAUCAAGUCUUUUCUCAUUGUCAAGGAUACUAUGUUUCAACAAAUCAUGCUCCUCAUCAAUGAUAUUCCUCAGUUGGAUGGUGUUUAUGUCUUAAAUGAUACUGAAAUCCUACAUGAACAAUGGGUACAAAAAUGCGACAAAGUCAAGAGCAUUCAUAGCAACAUCGAUGAUCUGUGCCAAAAAUUACAAAUCCGUAGCAAGCAGUCCAAUCAAGACUCAAUUCCUAUGAGUUUUCUCACUGCAAGUGCAAUUACUUCAACGGGUGAUUUAAAUCAGCUGGAACCUACUUUUAUGUACACCCAAAUAUUUAAGGAUAUUCUUCUCGAUAUGGAACAUGGUAAACAAGCCAUCAAACGAUUUACUACUUAUUGUCGACAUAAUGACUGUUUGUCGCCAACAAAUAUUGACCAUUUUGAGAAAGAAUACCAUGCUCAAUCUGCUAUUUGGUGGUAUACUUUCCCAUCCAAUAUCUAUUCAAUACUCAAUUAUGCACUUCGCUCUAUGGAAAGUGAUACUAUUAUUAAUAUGGGUUUCUUCAUCCAUGACCUUCACCAACAAAUCCAACAACUACACCAACAACAGGUUCAUAGUUAUCAUGGCGAACCAUUCAUAGUGUAUCGGGGACAAGGCUUAUCCACAGCAAAUUUUGAAAAACUCAAAAAAACAGAGGCUGGUUUAAUAUCAUUCAAUAGCUUUGUAUCCACGAGUACCAAGCAAGACAUAGCUAUCGGACUUGCGUAUAGUGCGUCAGAAAACGUGGACAUGGUUGGCAUUCUUUUUAUAAUGUUCAUCGAUCCUUAUGUAAAAUCAACACCAUUUGCCUCCAUCAAAGAGAAGAGUUAUUUUAAGGAAGAAGAUGAAAUUCUCUUCUCAAUGCACACGGUGUUCCGAGUACUUGAAAUUAAGCAAAUGCACUAUAAUAAUCAACUUUAUCAAAUUGAAGUACAUUUAACAUCGGACGAGGAUCCACAAUUACGAUUACUUACUGAUCGGAUACGCGAAGAAGUUAGUGGCACUGGAUGGCAGAGAUUGGGUCUCCUAUUGCUUAAAAUCGGUCAAUUUAAUAAAGCUGAAGAGCUUUAUAAUGUAUUACUCGAACAGACACCUAAUGAGGAUGAAAAGCUGUAUUAUUAUAGCCAACUGGGAAUGGUCUAUUUGAACCAAGGUAAUUAUGAAAAGGCAAUUUCGUAUCACAAACAACUACUUGAAACUCGAGAAAAAACUCGGCCUUUAUAUCAUCCUAAUUCAGCUAGUUCAUACAACAACAUCGGUAGUGUGUAUGCGAGCAUGGGGGAGUACUCAAAAGCACUUUCAUUUUAUAAAAAAGCACUUGAAAUUCACGAAAAAACUCUUCCUUCAAAUCAUCCCAAUUUGGCUACUUCAUACAAUAACACAGGUAGUGUGUAUAACCAGAUGGGAGAGUACUCAAAAGCACUUUCAUUUUAUGAAAAAGCACUUGAAAUUCGAGAAAAAACUCUUCCUUCAAAUCAUCCUGAUUUGGCUACUUCAUACAGUAAUAUCGGUUAUGCGUAUAACAAGUUUGGAGAAUAUUCAAAAGCGCUUUCAUUUUAUGAAAAAGCACUUGAAAUUCACGAAAAAACUCUUCCUUCAAAUCAUCCUGAUUUGGCUACUUCAUACAAUAACAUAGGUAGUGUGUAUAACCAGAUGGGAGAGUACUCAAAAGCACUUUUAUACUACGAAAAAGACGUAACAAUUUGUCAAAAUACUCUUCAUUCAAUUCACCCUUUAUUGGCUGCUUCGUACAAUAAUAUCGGUUAUGCGUAUAACAAGUUGGGAGAAUAUUCAAAAGCACUUUCAUUUUAUGAAAAAGCACUUGAAAUUCGAGAAAAAACUCUUCCUUCAAAUCAUCCUGAUUUGGCUACUUCAUACAGUAAUAUAGGUAGUGCGUAUGACAAGAUGGCAGAGUACUCGAAAGCACUUUCAUUCUACGAAAAAGCACUUAAAAUUUGGCAAAAAACUCUUCCUUCAAAUCAUCCUGAUAUCGGGCGGUCAUACAACAACAUCGGU